AUGGUCCUCGAGAACGUCAAGGAGAUGUGGACGGAGAAGCCAAAGGGCGGCAAGGGCAAGGGUGUGAACAAGGAUAGAUUCGUUAGCAAGAUGUUCCUGAGAGGAGAUUCCGUCAUCCUGGUCCUUCUCAGCUGA